AUGUCCGACGAAAUUGUCUGGCAGGUGAUCAACCAGCAGUUUUGUUCAUACAAACUGAAAACCACAAAAGGCCAAAACUUCUGCCGAAAUGAAUACAACGUCUCAGGUCUCUGCAAUCGGCAAUCAUGCCCACUAGCCAAUUCCCGGUACGCAACCGUGCGCGCCGACCCCGAGACUGGCGCCAUGUACCUGUACAUGAAGACCAUUGAGCGCGCACACAUGCCCAGCAAAUGGUGGGAACGGAUUCGUCUAUCCUCCAACUACGCCAAGGCCCUCGAGCAACUGGACGAGCGUCUAAUCUACUGGCCAAAAUUCCUGGUUCACAAGUGCAAGCAGCGUCUCACACGCCUGACGCAAGUGAAUAUCCGCAUGAAGAAUAUUGCGAAGGAAGAGGAUCGUCUCGGUGAGAAGAUUGUGCCUAAGCUUGCGCCCAAGGUGCGCAGACGAGAGGAGACUCGUGAGCGCAAGGCACUUUCCGCUGCUAAGGUUGAGAGGGCCAUUGAGCGAGAGCUUAUUGAUCGUUUGCGAUCUGGUGCUUACGGUGAUCGACCACUUAAUGUUGAGGAGGGUAUUUGGAAGAAGGUCCUCCGUGGAUUGGAGCGUGCGGGUGAGGGUGAGCGCGAUGAGGAUCUGGAUGAUGGAGAGCUCGAGGAGGAAGAGGAGGAUGAGGAGGGCGUUGGUGAGGUCGAGUAUGUCAGUGAUUUGGACGAGGACGAGGACCUCGAGGAUAUUGAGGAUUGGUUGGGCAAUGACUCAGCUCAGGACUCGAGUGACUACGACGAUGAGAGCGAUGAGGAGAGUGACGAGGACAGCGACGAUGAGCCUCCUAGUGAGGAUGAGAAGAAGCCUAAGCCCGGUGCUAAGCGCAAGAAUGUUGCUCCUACACAACGGCCACGCAAGAAGGGCCCCCGUAUUGAGAUCGAGUACGAGACUGAGGGUGCGGAGCGCGAUACUGUCAUGGGUUAA